GACACUUUUGCUCGCGUGCAUGAAAGUGUACGCGGAUGGCAGAUUCACAGGCUCUGCUUCUGCCUGGAGCGCUGGACGAUGCAGCGAGCAUGCGGUGCAUUCGGUGGGCAAUUCUUCCGCAAGCCCUGUGUCAGUUCCAGUCCGAGAAAAAAGUGUCAAUUGUGAGCCGCUUUUCGACUCACCCUGGACUCAAAAUCGGACUUCCUCUGAGCCACCAUUGUCAAAUUGGCCCACAUUUGCUUCCAGCAUGAUGGAGUGACUCUCGCCCUCGGGUACACAGCAUAAUCUCACAGCUUUGACCUUCUGCCUUUCUUGCACAGCGUGGUUUACGGUGUUUUUGUUCAUCUCACUUCUUCCGUUCACAGCUGCCAACUGGACAGCGAAAUGCUCGAAAGAUUGUCCUGACCCAGCUCUCGACGGUGCCCAGUUCCGACUCUCUUCCCAUUUCAAACAUCGUUAACGUGGGGAUGAUCGAAUGAACAACGAUUGCAAGCUACAUCUCAAAUCAACAGACUUAUGAAUGACCUCACAUGAUAAAGCGAUUGGCAAUCACAGUAGUCACAUGACGACAUGUCCUGGACAUUUGCCUCUCAUAGUUGUUUAGCCAGAAACAGUAACAGCAAAAAUUGAUACUGAGCGAGCGGAGAUUGCAAUUAUUCGAAAGUGGUCAAGUCAUGCAACAUGGGCUCUUGGAAUGAUUUGGAUGAGGGGAUAGAUUAGAAGAAAUCUCAUGAGCUGAACGGUUUUUGUGGAAACAAGUUCCUGGAAACAGAAUCUCCAAGUUGGGCUUCGACGCUGGUUUGAGAAGACAUGAUAGGUCAGAUUGAUGCCACUGCUUUAUGUGCAUGCUCGUUGACGAAAUUCACACCGCCGUGUGCGCCGUUGAAGGACUUUAAAGAGAAUGGCUGAUCUGAGUCCAAUCCGAACUACAACACUAGUGCCAGGAUUAUAAUUGGCCAUAACUUCACAGCCCUCGUCGAUGGCGGCUUGUGAGUCGGUAUCGGAGAAUCACUCGAUACAUUGAACUUAACGACAUAUAUUCAUCCUUUCGACCCCAUCGUAGAAUCUUACAAGAUGCCUUUGGCCAUCAGUUCUUCCACUACUGGAUCCCAUGACUCAAUCAUUGGCAUCGACACUUUAGAUGCCGAUGUUUACAGAUUGAGUCAAGUGAGUCGGAACCUUCGCAAGUCCAGGUCCAGAUCCAGAACCAAGAAGGGCAGGCUGAACAAAUUUGUCAGAGAUGUUGGAAAAGCAGGAAGAGACAUGAUGAGAGGUCAUCAGGAUGUUCACACGGACACAGAACUCAGUGAUGCUUCCUCUAGUAGCUGCAGGUUGUGCAAGAGACCAGACAUGACAAGCGCAAGCUGCAGUCACCAGCAUGAUAGUUUAAGCAGAAAAGCUAGCAUAGACUCGGCCUCGAGUCAAAAUUUUCUCGCAGACACCACCCACAAAUGUCGACCUGGUUGGACCGAAGAGAGUGGUCGAUGGAUUUUUGGUCGAGUCAUUGAUCCUCGUACCAGGCAAGUGCAGAUGUGGAAUCGGGUGUUUCUGAUAACAUGUCUUGUGGCCGCAGCCAUCGACCCUUUGUUUCUGUAUGUCCUCUCGGUCCACAUGGAGCUUGCCUGCAUCUAUGCGAACAAGAAUUUUGCUAUAACAGUCACCAUCAUCCGAGCUUUCAUCGACAUUAUGUACCUGUGUCAUAUGUACAUACAGCUGAAACUAGCCUACGUUUCCAAGGAAUCUCUGGUUCUUGGAACAGGUCUGCUGGUCUGGGAUGCACGCCAAAUAGCAAGAAAUUAUGUGUGCAACACAUGGGCUUUCAUGUUCGAUGUCUUCGUCAUCCUUCCCAUCCCGCAGUUUCUCUUCUGGUUAGUGGUACCAGCUAUCAUUACCAGUGGUGUGCGAGUUUCAGUGUUGUUAGGAGUGGUUCUGGCGGUCUUCUUGUUUCAGUACAUUCCGAGGGUAAUUCACAUGGUUGUGCUCAUCAAGCGCAUGCAGCAUGUCACAGGUUACGUCUUUGGAACAGCUUGGUGGGGCUUUGCUCUCAAUCUGAUAGCAUACUUUGUUGCUGCCCAUAUAGCUGGGGCUAUAUGGUACCUUCUUACAGUCAACGAGAUGGAACAAUGUGCAAUGGAACGCUGUUGGUCCAUGGAGAAUUGCCACACGAAAUACUUUGGUUGUCCGAAGGCCUUAUCAUACGGGGACCAACCACUCCUUGAGGAUCUGAAGAGAGCAUCAUUCGCAAGCGAUGAGUAUUUGCAGAGAGACUGCUUACGCAAUGGUGGGCGUUACAAUUUUGGUAUUUAUCAUCAUGCAGUGCCUUUGCCAGGGCAGGCUAAAUGGCUCGACAAAUUUUUGUACCCGCUGUUUUGGGGCUUGAUGACGUUGAGCUCCUUCGGCAAUGCUCUGGUACCAGGGAAUGAACGGCUGGAAUUGUCCUUCAGUAUAUUUGUCAUAACGUGUGGAUUGCUUCUCUUUAUGCUUCUUAUUGGAAACAUUCAGGUUUUCCUCCAUUCAAUCACUGCGAGGAAGGAAAUGAUGCAACUGCGCAUCAGAGAUAUAGAGUGGUGGAUGAGAAGGCGACAGCUGCCAUCUCGAUUACGACAGCGUGUAAGGCACUAUGAACGUCAGCGUUGGGCUGCUACAAGAGGAGUGGAUGAAACCUCUAUGGUCGCUGACCUUCCGGAAGGCCUUCGUCGUGAUAUAAAGAGACACCUCUGCUUAGAUUUGGUUCGCCAGGUGCCACUUUUCGAGCAUAUGGAUGAACUAGUUUUGGACAACGUUUGUGAGAGAUUAACAGCUCACCUGUUCAUCAAGGGUGAGAUGGUGCUAAGAGAAGGAGAUCCAGUAAUGCGGAUGCUGUUUCUCGUAAGAGGUCACUUUCAAAGUUCAUACCAGCUGAAGAACAACCAGUCCAGUUACACCCUCCUGGGACCUGGCAACUUUUGUGGAGAUGAACUCCUGUCUUGGUGUUUGAGAAAAACUCCUGUCGAUCGGUUACCCCCUUCAACCGCGACAUUGAUAGCUUUAGAUUCGGCUGAGGUAUUUUCGUUAGAGGCCAGAGAUUUGAAGUUUGUAGUCCAACACUUUCGUUACAAAUUUGAAGACGAGAAGAUGAAGCGUACACUGAGAUUCUACUCAUCCGGGUGGAGAAUGUGGGCUGCUGUAACUAUUCAACUUGCUUGGAGACGAUGUAAAGCUAGAAGGACGGCCAAAGAUGGCUACACGCUACCAUGUGCAUCUCUGUUCUCUGUGCCGGCCUCUUACAUCAACAUGGCCGACUCUGAAGCGGCCAUGAGGAAUAACCGCCUAAGAUUCUUUACAGCUAUGAUCACAUCCCCAAAACCUUCUACUCAUCUUGAGUAGAAAGGGAUCCAAUUCUCUAUACACUGUAAAUUUCCAAGCUUGGGCAUUUGUCUCAAGGUUACCUGAAGGCUCCUACGUUCCUGGCCACAUUGAUAUGGACAUCUCAGAUUUCGACCGACAUUAAGUUCGUGUGUAAUGUAUAUAUCUUCAGUUCUCAAGUUUUAAUUUCCCUUUUUUUAUUCUCGGAGAAAUCUGGGAACAAUAACAUCUGUUCAUCGAGGAAUUUCUUUGCACUUCAAAAUUGCCC